CAAACACACAAUCCAAAAUCGAUUUAUUAGAAGAAUUAAAUUUUAAGCUUCAGGCUGAGAAUAGUGAACUUAAAAAUGAGCAUGCUAAAGUCAAGGCUGAAAAUGCAAAAUUAAAACAAGCUUUAGAAAAAUAUAAAACCAGAUUCACGAAUCUAAAGCAGAGAGAUAAAGAAAAGACUAACCUUAUUGCUAAAAUUGAACAGAGCGAUAAAGAAAAAACUAACCUUAUUGCUAAACUAGAAUAUGAUGUCUCAUUAAUCAAGAAACAAAGCUUGCAAGACAAGGACAUGGCUUUAAUAAGUGAAGAA